AUGUCCAACGGGACCUAUCUUAGAGAUAAAAUCAAAGUAUUUCAGGCGCCCACGGCAGGAAGCCAGAGGCUAUCGCGCACCAUCUUUGAGGAUGCCAUCUCGCCGUCCUCCGCCUUUCAGUUUUCCCGCGGCGAUUCCGCGCGGCGAAUGCGCCACGCCGCCCAAGCCGGGAUUCCCGCCCCGCGGCAAUCCCCACGGCCCAACAACCGACCGGGAAGUUCGCGAACUCCCCUGCGGGGGCUAACGCCGAUCCCAUCCGAGUCCGAAUAUUUUUAUUCGGGCCAUACUAACAGCGACGCGUCCGGUUCGUCGUCCUCCUUCGAUCCCGAGGGCGAGGAGGGUCCUGGCAGACCAUUCCAUUUCGAGGCCCCGACGAGCAAAGAUCUAGAGCUCGCGGUCGCGGCAACCUGUCAGGCAAUUUUUGAGAAGGAGAAGUCCCUCAAGAAGAUCGAGCUGAAGCUGCUAAAUGAGAAGCAGAACUUGAUGGAGGCGAUAAAGCGGCGGACCGUGCAUCACGACCCAAGUUCCAAUGAUGUGAUUAUUCCAUCUUUGCAAAGAAUUCUGACCUCCAAAGACUCAGCUACGAAGCCGCGGAAUUAUUUUAUUGGUGAUUCACCGAAGCCUCGUGCGGUGGACGGAAAUUCGACGGGAACUGCUAACGAUCCUACGCGAAGUCGAACAAGCGGCAAUGUCAAUCCGUCGCCAUAUUCCAAAGUCGGGCAUCCGAUAACAAUCCGAAAGACCUUUUCUUCCCCCAGCGCCUCAUUGAGACCCGUGAAAGAAGUGCCCCUAUCCAAAAUGCGGGAUGUGGGGGAAAGUAAUGAAAAGGAAAUUAAAAAGGCCGUACAUCCCUCCUCGUUUACACAACGCUUGAGGUCACAAAGCGCGACCCCAAAGGUCGACUCCACGCAUUUAUCACCGAAUCGACUAGCCUUCACUGCGCAUGAAAACGGACGGCUGGCAAAAGAUUUUAGUGCAAAGCAAAAUGCAGUGGGAAAUGUUGAGGGCCAACCACUUGAUAAAUCAACCAAUAAAUCGUCGUCGUCGCGGGCAAACAUCAAUCGUGAGAUCCCCUCAUUUUCAUCCGUACUCGACGUUAUGCAGAACUCGCGGCGGAUCGGUACCUGCUCUCAUGCCGAUUCCCUUCCGCGAUUCAGUUCUUCUUCGGUAGUGGGAACAAAAAAUAAGGCCACUCCUCAUGCAGAAGUCGAUGAGAAACCCCGUCGACCGGCGGCGAAGUCGCUUCAGGAUAUUCUUUCCGCUCGUGGCAGUAGUGCCGAGAAGUUCACACCUCGAGAAAAGAAGGAAAAACUGCAGGCCGCGCGGCCGAAACUCUCGGAGGAAGAGUUAGGUAGCCCGGAUGCCGCAGGACCCACCCACCGCUUCACCACGAAGCGGACCUUCCCGGUCACUUCCGUGGGUUCUAAUAUGUCUCCAAAGAUAGACGAGAGUUCGAUAGAAUCCCCGAAUCCAUCCCCGGUCCAUCCACCGCAAAUUAUUAAAUGUUCUCCCAUCCCCUACUACAACUCGGCGGUCCAACCACAGAACUCCGCGCACCCGUCCAUACAGGGAGGUCGGCCAUCCCCCCCACAGACGACGUCCAUUUUUGGAAGCACCCCAGCCGAUCCCUCCAUUCGGUUUUUAUGGAAUCCCAAUACGAAGAAGACCCCUACACCGAGCAGAGGGAUUAAAGAGCUUCUUUGUACGGAAUACGUGCCUCAGUCCACCUCUCACGAACCCGAACCCUUCGCAGAGCCGACCCAGACAAUGGGAGGAUAUCUUCCUCAUAAACACGGCAAUAGUUCGAACGCGCGCAAACCCCAUACUCAACCCGAAUCCCCUCGAGUUUACAAGCCGUUUGUGGAAGCAAGUUCUACACCGACCCCUAGCGCGACGCAUCAGUCUGACCACCCGGAAGGAACGAAUGGGCAAAGUACUUUCUAUCGACCAAACAACCACACGAACACAAUUCCUAAUACAGGUGCCGAUCGCACUGCUUACCAGCCUCGCAUUUCUUUAUCACCAUCAGGGAGCUCCUUUAUCGAAUUUCCAACCCCACCUCGCCUAUCACAUGAGAAAAAAGCAAAAACAUCCUGUUUCUGUGGGUCCCAUCCUAGCCACAGCAAGGAAAAGAAUAAAAAAUCUACCCCUAGGAAAUCUAUUCAACAUAUCAUUCCUUGGCUUAAACGAAAUAAAAGCGUUACUGAUCCAUUAAAAAACAAAACAAAAUAG